AUUAUACUACCUAGUAUACCUCAUUGCUAGGUACUUGCCUAGUGGUAACUAAUGAUAGGCCUACGCUUUCGCUGGGAAGAAGCCAGUCCGGCAAUGGGCCAAGAGCCUCUAGGCUGGGUUGGUAGGGAUCGUAGUUCGCUGCACGGAUGAUUGCAGUCGUUCCCUCGGUCAAUGAUAUGCGCCCGGGGGGGGGGCCUUGCUACAUAUACAGUUGGAGAGAUAAGCAGGACGCCCCAUGCUCGAUGCCCCGCUGGGCUCGCAAGAGAUUUACGGGACUAACAAGCUAAAGUGGUGGACAGUUAGACCUGCUUAGGCUAGAGGCAACAAAAUGAUACGUAGUAGCCAACUAUCUUCAUCGUUCCGCCCACCAACGGAAGGCCGAUUGGGAUUGGUCGGACGGGUAGCAAGACCGUCUCCUUACUCUGCAUCUCUAGACCUCUGCAGCCCCGUUGGUGCCAACCCGAUAUAGUACUUGCUCCCAUCGACCAUUCCCUGGGAUUACAUGGGAUUGCAUGGGAGGCCAUUUAAUACUUGAGGAUCGCCCAAAGCCACAUCCUUCGCUUCUUGCUUCCGCCUCUUUCGUCGUUCUGACUUCUUCAACAAAAACCCAAGGGACUCGGACACACGUAAAACGUCCCCUGCUAACUGUCGUCGGAAACGAAAAAUCGAAGAUUUCAAAAACUGGGCUUGUUCAUCAUGUCCCACUCGAACCAUUCCAGUUUGGUUCAGAGGUCGACGGCUUCGUCGCCCUCUGGGGACAAGGAGAAGAUGACUUACACCGACGUCGACCUCGAGCGCUCCAACACGCACAUCCGCGGUCUCGAGACCUCGGCCGAGACGUCGCUGCACCGCGGCCUCAAGGCUAGGCACAUUACUAUGAUCGCCAUCGGUGGUGCUAUCGGAACAGGUCUCAUCAUCGGUACCGGAAAGGCUCUCGCGCAAGCCGGGCCCGGGUCUAUCUUCAUCUCCUACUCGAUCGUCGGUUUCGUCGUCUACCUAGUUAUGGCCGCUCUUGGCGAGAUGGCCUCUUGGCUCCCCAUGUCUGCUGGUUUCACCGGUUACGCUUCUCGGUUCUGCGAUCCUUCGCUCGGUUUCGCGCUCGGUUGGACUUACUGGAUAAAGUAUAUCAUCGUCACACCUAAUCAGCUGACCGCCGCCGCUCUGGUUAUCCAGUUCUGGCUGCCUCGAGACCGAGUGAACCCAGGUGUCUGGAUCACCAUAUUCCUCGUCGCAAUUCUCAGCAUCAACUACUUCGGUAUCCGAUUCUUUGGUGAAUUCGAGUUCUGGCUGUCUAGUUUCAAGGUCCUCGUCAUCGUCGGCGUUAUCAUCCUUUCCCUCGUCAUCGCGGCUGGCGGUGCCGAUGGUGACCCGAGAGGAUUCCGAUACUGGCAAUCACCUGGUGCGUUCGCGCCGUACAUCGCUACCGGAUCGUGGGGCGAGUUCCUCGGCUUCUGGUCUACCAUGGUGACGGCCACCUUCGCCUACCUGGGUACCGAACUCGUCGGUGUGACGGUCGGCGAGGCCCAGAACCCGCGCAAGACCAUCCCCCGCGCCAUCAGGCUCACCUUCUACCGUAUCGUCUUCUUCUACUGCAUCAGCAUCCUGCUGAUCGGCAUGUGCGUGCCGUACGACUCCCACGACCUCGCCUUCGCCAACGGCACCUCGGGCAACGCCAACGCGUCCCCCUUCGUCGUCGCCAUCAAGCUCGCGCACAUUCCCGUGCUGGACCACAUCCUCAACGCCUGCAUCCUGCUCUUCGUCUUCUCGGCCGCCAACUCGGACCUGUACAUCGCCAGCCGCACGCUCUACGGCCUGUCGUCGGACGGCGCGGCGCCGUCCAUCUUCCGCAAGACCAACGCCAACGGCGUGCCGCUGUACUCGCUCAUCACGUCGGCGGCGUUCGCGCUGCUCGCGUACCUGAACGUGUCGGACGACUCCAAGGCCGUCUUCACCUACUUCGUCAACCUGACGACCAUCUUCGGGCUCAUGACGUGGAUCUCGAUCCUGGUGACGCACAUCUGGUUCGUGCGGGCGCGGCGCGCGCAGAACCUGACCAACGACAUGAUGCCGUACGUGGCGCCGCUCGGCAUCUACGGGUCGUACGGCGCGCUCGCCAUGUGCGUGCUCAUCGCGCUGACGAAGAACUACGACGUCUUCGUCGGCGACUGGAGCAAGAAGUACCCGACUUUCAUUACCGGAUACCUGGGCAUCCCGAUCUACCUCUGCCUCAUCGCCGGCCACAAGCUCUGGACUAAGAGCAAGGGCGUCCGCCCCCACGAGUGCGACUUCUACACCGGCAAGGACAUCAUCGACCGCGAAGAAGAAGAGUUCCUGGCCGCGAAGGCGGCGGCUAAGGCCGCUAGACCGGAGGGCUCGAAGGAUAGGGGUGUUAAGUGGUUUUAUAGGAGGUUUGUGUCUUGGCUAUUCUAAGCUUUUCUCGCGCACACAGACUCUCUCUACCUAGAGCUGAGAAACGGGACGGCUUUCUAUGUUGGGACGAAGCAAUGGAAAUGGACAUCGGAAUUGGAAAUCGGGGGCAUCUGGGGUAUGGGAGGAGCAUAUUAUUAUUAUUAUUGCUGCUUAUCAUACCGGCACUUGGAAGAUACCUUUGUUUUUUUUUU